AUGGAAACUUCGAAGAGGUCAAAGCUAACAGCAGAUGCCCUAAAGCAAUUUCAACAAGGGGUUUCACUUGUAUUCUCAGGUUGGGUUGCUCUCCAAGAUGCUGUGAAUGGAGGUUGGGGAGGCCUAUAUUCGCGUGAAAAAGCGGUCUCUAUUGAGUACUCUGUUCUCAGUUUCUUCUGCCAACCUAAGAACAAUGAACCUCUAUGCAUUUUCGAUUUAGAAGAUUUGCUUUGUGAUGGCAUGAAUUCCAUGAGUUUGAUGGACUAUGAAGGGGAAUGUGAGGAGGUGGCAAACAAGCUGAUGGUUAUGUAUGAAGAAUGCUUAGAGGGUGACUAUCAAUCAAUUCAAAGGCUCAGGGAUGCGAGGCCAAUUCGCCAUGUGGUACCGGUAAUCAAUAAUGAUGAUGAUGAUAACGAUGAUGAUGAUGAUGUUAACAACAAUGAUACGGUGAAUGAUGACGGUCCGAGUAUGAUGAUAGAUUCACAAGCCAGCUCCUCAAACAAUGAAGUUGCUUCCCAAGAUAUGGAGAUGGAUGGGUGGAUUCCUGUUACCCGAAAGAAGAGCAAGGGAGAGAUGGCUGAUCCUAGAGCUCAUUCUGUAUCGAGCAAUAUUAUGAAGAAUAGCUCAGAGGGAAAAAUCCCAGAAAUUCAUUGCAGUAUUCAGUUUAGGAGUAUAUAUGUAGAGUUCAAAGCUCACCCUAAAGCAACAUCAGGAAUAGAGAAAUAUAAGCAUGAAGAAGUUAAUACAGAACAUUAG